UGAAUUUGUGCCAACGGAUCAACAGAUCAAGGCUUUCAAAGAUUGGGUUCAGUCAAAAGAUUGCAAACCUCAUAUGUGGGACGCUCAAAGAUGGUUUCAGACGUCUCAACAGAUCGCAGGUGUCUCCGAAGCGUCGCUCGGCCUUAUUCUUGGCCCGCUUAUCAAUGAGGCGAUUGACGAUGCCGCCAAGGCGGUUGAAGAACGCAAUAAGGCGUUGGCAUAUCUCAAGGUUCCUGGCUUUGGACUCCCAUUGGGACAUAUGCCACCCGAGGAGGAGCGCUUCCCCGUCCUAAUUGGCGUUCAUAGCUACGACUGGAAAGCCGCAACGCUUCUCAUACGAGAAGUGUGCAUGCUAAAAUUCAUAGAAGAGGUGACAAACAAACCCCAGUGGUGGGAAAAAGUAUUCAAUCCCGACAUUGCCAACAAGUGGAAGCAAGAGGCUUUACAAAUGGAUUGGGAAGAAUACCGCAAGUAUGCGGAUUUCACGCCUGCCAUGGCAGAUGCAUGCAUCGAUGAGCUGCGCCAUAAAGCGGAUUUGGUCAAGAAGACGGGGCUCAUUACCAUUUUCGACUAUUCAUCCUGUGUCAUCAAAUCUGACAGCCUCAUCCCCGAAUGCUUGAGAAAUGCCCUCCGCGCAGCAACUAUGGUGCUCGAAAAUGUUCCGGAUGAAGAAAAAGAUUGGCAUCCGGGUAGUACCCAUAAAGUGCUUGACCUUGUCCAUCCAUCUCUGUGGCCAUUCGUAUACGGUCGCACUCCCGUAUUACUCGACAAGCGAAUCAAUCUUGAGAAUGCAUUAAGCCACUGCGGUGUCGGCACAGUUUUCCCAGCACCAAAGCCAAUUGAGAUAGCCGGCCCUGGAAGCGAUUGGUCAAGCCCCUUGGAGAACCCCGUUCCUUCUCUCUCAUAUAAGUAUCAAUGGCUUCCAUGUGACGUUGUGCUAGAUGGCACGUCUGCAAAGAUCGACAGCUACAUAAACAACCUACAUCCAGUGGAACACGCGAAUCUAUACCCCAUCAUCGAACGGUUUAUCGAGAAAUCUCUGCCAGCUUGGGACAUCAUUUACCGAUGGCCAACAGAGUUUGAUAGUCAACGGCUGAAGACGAAAGAAGCUCAAUCGGAAUGUUCAACUAGCGAAAUAUGCGAUCGAAUUUAUGGAUGCCAGCCGUGGAACCGUCCAAUUGACGAGGGCGAGCCGCAGCGGGAUGAAAUGGAACCCUACACUGAAGAGUAUCGUAACUCUGAGCGGUUCAAGCGUGAUAUGGCGUGGCUAGUGGAGACUCACAAGUUAAAUUUACCAGAACCAGUUUCUACCAGCGACGACUACUUUCGGCUAAAAGCGUCGGAUGUCAAGUCGAGCGGUUUCUUCAAGGGCGCAUCUCGGAUUCAAGUAAUCGUCAAGCUUGCCAACGUUCAUCUCACUCCCGAGGACCCCGAAUUUAAAUUCGAAGCAUCUAAAGAACUUGGCGGAUCAUGGCAUACCGAGGGAAUGUUGAAUGAGCGCAUAUGCGCAACUGCGCUUUUUUACUACGACUCGGAAAAUAUUACUGACUGCCAUCUGGACUUCCGUACACCAGCUGAUCGCGAAGAAUUGGUCGUGAAUCUCAAUUAUGAACAAAGUCAACAUGUUCCGAUUGAACGAACAUUUGCAAUCCCUAACACUGACCGUGAUACUUUACAGUAUGUUGGGGGGGUUUUGACUACAAAUAGUCCCUCCACUGGAGAAGCCGAUACACGUGCCGUUUUCUUUCCAAAUCUCCUUCAACAUCGUGUCUCUCCAUUCCGUCUCAAGGAUCCGACGCGACCAGGCCAUCGCAAAAUACUCGCUCUUUUCCUUGUUGAUCCCGCGAUCCCUAUCCUUUCAACAGCCAAUGUGCCACCGCAACAGCGUCACUGGUGGGCUCAGGAAACUGGCAUUGAAAAGGCCCUUGCCACACGACUGCCUAACGAGCUGACACAACUCAUUCUUGGCGAUACAACGGGAUUUCCCUUUGGCUUGGAUGAAGCCAAAAGCAUCCGGCUUGAUCUAAUGGACGAGAGGUCAAUGAAACAGGACAGUACAGAAGAGCAGCUUUAUAGAGCAGGCUGGAACUUCUGUGAGCAUUGAAGGGGGUGCCGAUGGUCUCCUACGAGUCAUUUGAGUUGUAUUAUUAGCGAUUAUGAAUCGGAAUUUGAGAGAAAUAAUGCGCUUCAAACAAUC